UUGGCUUGGGGUCGCAAAAUUGUAGUUACUUGUUGCGAGACGGGGAUGUCGCCGCACAUGCGCUCUUACCCUCAUCGAUUUUUCUAACUUUGACAGUUCGGCCGAUGUUGUUGGUGAACGCUCGUGUAGUAGCAAAAUAAACAGAAAUGGCUUUAGACUUUUCAGCCACAUAUAAACUUCUAGUCUUAGGAGAUUCUAAUGUAGGCAAGACUUGUAUUGUGCACAGAUAUUGCGACGAGAGAUACUACGAUAUUUACAUAUCCACGAUAGGUAUAGAUUUCAAACAAAAGAUAAUAAAUUUGGACGGGGUGCCCAUAAAGCUUCAGAUAUGGGACACUGCCGGGCAGGAGAGAUUCCGGACGUUGACCACCGCCUACUAUCGGGGCGCCAUGGGAAUAAUACUCAUGUAUGACGUCACCAAUCUUGAAUCAUUUAACCAUUUAUCGUAUUGGCUAAGGAAUAUUCAAGAGUACGCCUCGCCGGAUGUUAUAAAAGUGUUAGUUGGCAACAAAUGCGACGUGCACGAAAACCAUCGAGCAGUACCCAAAGAACGGGGUCAAAAGAUAGCAGACGAUUUCGACAUGCCGUUCUUCGAGGUCUCCUGUAAGAAUGACAUCAAUAUUGAAGAAGCGUUUCUGACUUUAGCAAGAAAAAUUAGGGAAUAUAGAGACAACAAGGCGGAUGCCUUCGAGCUGAAGGAAAGAGACAGUGUGAUAAAGCCAUCAGAUUCCGAGACAGACGUAUCAAAGUGUUCUUGUUAACCUAGUUUAAAUAUAUAUUUCUUUAAAAGAACUGCAAAUUGCAGCGAGCAAG